CGUUGCUAACUUAACCAGAGUCUUGUUGGACACGCGCUCCAUUCAUCCCCCGCGUCUGUAUUGACCGGUCACCGUUUCGCGGUGGUCUCUGUCUCCAGGCACCAUGUCAGGCUCGACUCCCCCGCCUCCCUCGGCUGAGGCUGAGAGAACCGAGGCGUGUUUCCCCCUUGGAUACAAACCGUUUAAACCCGAGGAGCACGGCCUGGAGCGCGGGUUCCGUCUCACGUCGUUUUCGGACCUGAAGGGAUGAGGCUGCAAAGUCCCGCAGGAGGCUCUGCUCAAACUCCUGGCGGGACUGGAGCCGGACCGGGGCGACGCGACGGAGAAGGCCGGAGACCAAGCACCGGACUUCGGCCAACAGUUGUCCGGCCCUCGACUCGGUGUAGGCAUGGACUGCUGUGUUAUUCCCCUGAGACAUGGAGGACUUUCACUGGUCCAGACCACAGACUUCUUCUACCCACUGGUGGAUGAUCCUUACAUGAUGGGCAAGAUAGCGUGUGCCAACGUGCUCAGUGACCUCUACUCCAUGGGCAUCACAGAGUGUGACAACAUGCUGAUGCUGCUGAGCGUCAGCCAGAAGAUGAAUGAGAAGGACCGUGAGAAGGUGAUGCCGCUGGUGAUUCAAGGGUUCCGCGAUGCAGCAGAGGAGGGGGGGACGUCUGUGACAGGGGGACAGACGGUGAUCAACCCCUGGAUCAUAGUAGGGGGAGUAGCAUCAGUCGUCUGCAAGCCUAACGACUUCAUCAUGCCAGACGGUGCCGUGCCAGGUGAUGUCUUGGUCCUCACUAAACCUCUGGGUACACAGGUGGCUGUGAACGCUCACCAGUGGCUCGAUCAGCCUGAAAGGUGGAACAAGAUCAAGCUAGUUGUCACCAAAGAGGACGUAAAGGAGGCCUAUCAGGAAGCCAUGUUCUCCAUGGCAUCACUAAACCGCACAGCGGCAGGUCUAAUGCACAAGUUCCAGGCCCACGCCGCAACAGACGUGACGGGUUUCGGGUUGUUGGGACACGCCAACAACCUGGCACAGCAGCAACAGAGCGAGGUCUCCUUUGUCAUCCACAACCUACCAAUCAUCGCCAAGAUGGCUGCUGUCAGUAAAGCCUGUGGGAACCUGUUCAACCUGAUCCAGGGAACCUCAGCAGAAACGUCUGGUGGACUGCUGGUAUGUCUGCCUAGAGAGCAGGCGGCCAAGUUCUGCUCGGAGAUGAAGAGCCACAGCUCCGGACCUGGGGGCCCCGGAGUGGCGGGCGGUGCGUGGAUAAUUGGAAUCGUGGAGAAAGGCGACCGGCGCGCUCGCAUCAUCGAUAAGCCGCGCAUUAUCGAGGUGCCGCCACGAGGGAGCCAGGCGGCUAAUCAGGACAACAGCUCCAGCAGCCCGGCUGAUCCCAGCCCCAAUCUGUCAUAGACACUGCCACUACUAUGACAGUGUGUGUGUGUGUGUGUGUGUGUGUGUGUGUGAGAGAUGAUGCUGUCCAUCUCGUCCCCCUCUUCAGUCAAACUGCUGAAAACACACCGAUCGCUGUCUUGUUCUUCAGUGGGAGAAGAAAUGGACGACAGACUCUGGAGCUACGGGAGUGGGAAAAAGAACUUUAAACUGUUUUCAGAUCUCAAUCAGGGUGUUGUGCGUUUUUUUUUUCUAACUUCCCCUUUCUCCUUUCAAUCACAUGUGAUUUGUGAUUUCAAAUAAUUUAUCUGAUUGCAAAAAAAAGAAAGGAAAUAAGAUUCUGGAUCUUGCUAAAUUCAGUGUGUGUGUGUUGUCAUGAUGUGACGCAGGUCGCUGUACUGUGUGAAAGUGGAGCAGAAGUUUUCUUGACUGUUUUUGGAGAAGUGGAUGAUGUGAAUGUGUCUUAUGUUGAUGAAUGUAUCAUGCAGAAAACAAGCAAACAAACAAACAAACAAACAUCGUCGGUCUUCGGUACCCGGCUCUGCCCCGCGCAGCUCCGAGGAAGGCUUGAGCAGCUUCCAUCGGAGCCACUGGGUGGCGCUCGGAGUGUCUGAAUGUCUGUGUCAGCUGAUUGGCCGUGAACCACAAGUCCCUCCGCCCCUUUUUCCUUAUUUAUGAAGCUCCGCCUUUUAAACCCCGGCCAGUGGGGAGAGGUGGAGCGGAUGUUCUGUGUCUGGAUCGGGGUCCGGGACAUGUUGGCGGUUUGAAGCUGCAUUUGUAUAUUUUUCCCUUUUCACAAUAAAUAAAAACCAUCAUCAACUCA